AUGAUGCCUGAUCGGGAGUCGGUAGGAGGUCCUGGGACAGCGGGCAGCGGCGGCUUCCUGCCACUACAGUUCCCCUCGGCCUUCGCGGCCUUCCACGCGGCCACGCCCCCCGGGGCACAGGCGACCGCGAUGCACCACGCCACGCACUACCACCACCACGCCCAAGCAGCGGCGGCGUCGGCUCCGGUUUACUGCCGCGGGUCCCAUAAAAUCCAGUGCAGGUGGGACAAGGCGUUACUUGGGGCUAAUUUAUUGCGCACGCCCAAGCGCGGGCAGCACCUAAGCGUCCUUGACGAAGCGGAUCGACACCUGAUGCCGUCGGACAAAUGGAGGACAGGAAGUCGUCAAGGGGAU